AUGCUGGCGAAAACCAACCUGGUGGCAUUGACCGUAGCGCUGGCUUUGCUAACCGCCAGUCUUGGCCCCACCCCCGCCACAGCCCUUCCUAUCGCUGACAACAACAACAAUUGCGAUAACGACAACAAUAACAACGACUGCGACGACAAUUGCAGCGAUUACGCUUCCUUCGUUCCUCCCACCAGAACCACGACCAGACCACCCCGAGUCCCUCACUUCAACCUCCCCAUCCCCCUCCCGCCUUCUCCUUCCCCCUACCCUUACUACUAUGGCGACGACGACUACGGACCCUCCUCCCCUUCUCCUCCCCCCUACCCUGACUACUAUGGCGACGAUGACAUCGGACCCUCCUAUCCGCCGGAAGUGUAUUUCGAGCCCUCGGCCCCGGCCAAGCCUAUUACGUCUGUUUGGGACGGCAUCGCUACGGGGUUUUAUUACCCAACCGCCAGCAGUGGUGGUGGUGGAGGCCAGGCCUUGCCUACGUGGGCUGCUCGUGCUCCGAGAUUCACUCAUCCUCCCAAGGUGACGAGUAUCAACUGGUAUGGACGCGGAGGUGGUGCCGUUUAUUCGCGGACCAUGUCGGCAGGUGGCUCCAUACCCACACGUACGCCCUACCGUUACAAUGGUGGGAACGACGGUGGUGCGCAACAGCGUCCUUUUGGAGUUGACCAACAGAAUUCGACUCAGUUUGAGAGCGAGAAUAGUACCUACAACGACAACGACGACGAUGUCAUCUCGGUAGAGUACGACUACGACGAGUAUGCUUCUAUUAUCCCUCCCACUGCCACUUUUUUUUUCCCUCGUCCCACUCCCAUAUCUCCUCCUCCAUUUGACGAUUUCGAGGUGGACGAUGGUUACUGUCGCCCUUCAGGGCUGGUGAAACGCUACAUCGGCGUCGACUUGAGAGAGGACAGUUUUGCGGUUGGGUAUGUCAACUCGGCCGGCAAGAUCGUGUUGAUCCCCAACGAGAAGGGGGAGGUGUACAGCCCCACGUCCGUCCGCUUCAUUGAUGGUGGUCGUCAGGCGCUGGUCGGACUUGCUGCCCUUCACUCGGACGUGGACCAAGGGUUGACCACAAAACAGCUUGAGGCUUCGGCUGUUGACAUGGUCUCCUUGAACUCAAGCAAUACAUUCCCCCAGAACGUUCUUCUCAAUCUGGAACGUGAUGUCACUGACUACGGCGAUCGAGAGAUGUGGUCUGAGCACAAAGUACCCCAAGGGGAUCUUUUGGCGGUGGUGUUGAAGCGAGCGAUGGAUAUGGCCGAGGGCCACGAGUCGUUCUCGUCGAGGUCGGGCGAGAAGGUGCACGGAGUGGUGGUGACGGCCCAGCAUCCCUCAAACGAUGAGGCGGAAACCAUUGAUUCAUACACCGAGACGUUGUCGUUGGCGGCGGCCCAUAUCGAGUUCUUUGAGUCGAGAGUCCAGCGCGAUCCCUUGGGCGGCGAGGACGCGUAUCUUCCCCAGACGGUGUUGUUUUACAACUUGCGAGACACGACCGAGGACAUGACAUUGAUGCGGUACCACAAGGGUACGUUUGGACUGCGCCCCUUCCACCUCCAGGCCCUGGACGGGUACCUCCGCCACGAGGACGGUCUCAUCCAGGACGAGUUUGAGCGUUACCUCCUCAAGAAUCUGGUGCAUCGAUUCAACCAGGCUUGGGAAAAAGCUCCAGGACCUCACGACUUCGUGGCAUUCUUAGAAGAUAACGAGAUCCAGUACGUGAACAAGACCGAGUUCCGCAGUGCUGUUGAGUUGAUGGAUCACCAUUCAAAAGCCUCGAAUAGCGAUACUGAUGCGGACUGGCGUAUCUAUACGGAACUCAAGUUCGGACCCCAGGGGACGAAUGACCCCCGUGUGUUGAUGAUGGUAACGCUCUCGAUGUGGAAGGAAAUCCGAUUCGAGUUCUUGAAGGAGCGUCUGUCCAAGGCCGUCAACAGGAUUCUUGCUUCUUCCGGGUUGGAGAGCAAGGAUAUGGUGGACCAUUUGGUAGUUGCGGAUAUGACCUCGUUCAAGGGUCAGUCAACUGCUGCUAUGGGAACUGUGUUUGGAGAGGAAGGGGAGAAGAAGAUUGUGAAGGCAGUUGAUCCCCAGAGAGCGGUUGCGGAGGGCAUUGCUACGAUUGCUGGAUUGCUCACGAAGGAGUCCCCCUUGCAAGUUCCCUGGUAUUGCCCUGACCUCCAGCCUUAG